GGUUUUGAUACGGAGGAUUUUGUUCUCAUCUUUUAAGUACUGAGGAUUUGGUACACAAUUUCAUCCUCCAUUAUUGGCAGAGAGAAACAGAGAACAAAAAAAAAUAUAAAACAAGAUGGAGUUGGUUCAGAUGCAGAAAAGUUUGCAAGAUUACACUAAAUCACUCUUCUUGGAAGGGGUUCUGGACAGCCAGUUCUUGCAGCUGCAACAACUACAGGAUGAAAGCAAUCCAGAUUUUGUUUCACAAGUUGUCACUCUCUUUUUCCAAGAUUCUGACAGGAUCCUCAAUGAUCUCUCACUUUCCCUAGAUCAACAAGUUGUAGACUUCAAAAAGGUUGAUCCUCAUGUUCAUCAACUCAAAGGUAGCAGCUCCAGUAUAGGAGCACAAAGAGUUAAGAAUGCUUGUGUCGUCUUCCGCACCUUCUGCGAGCAACAAAACGUGGAAGGAUGUCAUAGAUGUUUGCAACAAGUAAAGCAAGAAUACUAUCUUGUGAAGAACAGGCUAGAGACUCUGUUCAAGCUUGAGCAACAGAUUGUAGCCUCUGGUGGAGUGAUCCCAGCUAUGGAACUCGGAUUUUGAGUGGACUCAUCAUCACAUCACCUUUCUAUAUAAUAAAACUUUUCUGUAAAAGCAUUGAAACUUGGGGAAUUUGAACUAUGGAUGAUAUUAAAUAGUGUUAACUAAAAGCAUUAUGGGGGCCAUAAUUUGAACUUUCUAUACAACAUAUUUUUGGAAAUUUAGGAGCCUAAAAUCCCUAUAUAUUUCGGGGCCUAAGACAAAAGCAUUUUCGAUUAUACAUGAAGCAGCCUCUGAUUAUAAAUAGUGUUUAUAUAUUCAUAAUUAGGCUUUGUUAAUUUCGGAUAUAAGGCUAAAUCAAAUAUAAACCUAAAUAUUGUAAAAAUAGAAUAAUUUCUGUUA